GUAAACGAAUUGCCCAGUUCGGUUGCUUCCAUAGUUUCAUCUCCUCUGUCUUUCGAUCUACAAAUCUCGAAAAGUUUUCGUUCUUGUCUGCAACUCUUCUUUCUUUACUUCUCCCUCUCUCUUUCUCUUCUCUGCAGCGCCGUCCGAUCUCCGAAAAGCGCAUUCAAGGUUACUUUCGAUCUCCACCGUCGCUUUUCCUCCAAGAUCUACUCCUAGCGUUGCUUCUUUCUCUAUUGCUGCCUCGGAGCCUGGUAGACGACAAUGGCGGGGAGGAGGGAUGUUAACUGAUGAAUUUGUGUGGCCAUGGAUCUAGUGAAAUGGACGGUGAAGAGUUUGUGACUGAGGGGGUGCAAGGGUUUCAGUCAUGGCGGCGGAAGGGUCUCGUAGCUGGAUGGAGUCUUACAAGGGUAUGUCCUCAGACAACAUCAAGGGUUUGGUUCUGGCACUGUCGUCGAGUUUCUUUAUAGGUGCGAGCUUCAUUGUGAAGAAGAAGGGCUUGAAGAAAGCGGGGGCUACCGGAAUUAGGGCAGGAGUUGGAGGCUAUUCUUACUUAUAUGAGCCACUGUGGUGGGCAGGCAUGAUAACAAUGAUUGUUGGGGAAAUUGCUAAUUUUGCAGCUUAUGCAUUUGCUCCAGCUAUUUUGGUCACCCCUCUUGGUGCACUCAGCAUUAUUAUCAGUGCUGCACUUGCACAUAUUAUUUUACGGGAGAGGCUACAUGUUUUUGGUAUCCUUGGUUGUGUUUUAUGUGUUGUGGGAUCAACAACAAUUGUCCUACAUGCUCCUCAAGAACGUCAGAUUGAGUCUGUAAAGGAAGUAUGGGAUCUUGCUACAGAGCCAGCUUUUCUUUUGUAUGCUGCUUUGGUGAUCACAGCAGUUUUUAUACUCAUAUUCCAUUUUAUUCCAGAAUAUGGUCAGACACAUAUAAUGGUCUAUAUUGGGGUUUGCUCACUUGUUGGUUCUCUGUCGGUUAUGAGUGUCAAAGCACUGGGAAUUGCUUUGAAGUUAACAUUCUCAGGAAUGAAUCAGUUAAUAUAUCCUCAAACAUGGGCCUUCACCUUAGUUGUAAUUACUUGUGUAAUUACUCAAAUGAACUACUUGAACAAGGCCCUUGAUACAUUCAACACAGCAGUUGUAUCACCUAUUUACUAUGUCAUGUUUACGUCAUUAACCAUUUUGGCCAGCGUGAUCAUGUUUAAGGAUUGGGAUCGGCAAAAUCCGACACAGAUUGUCACAGAAAUGUGUGGGUUUGUGACAAUCCUUUCUGGCACUUUUCUUCUUCACAAGACCAAGGACAUGGCUGAUGGUCUGCCCACUUCUACGUCCUUCCAUCUUAAGCACACCGACGAGGAUGGUUUUGAUCCGGAAGGAAUUCCUCUUAGACAGGAAGUCUUCUGAUCACUGUGAUGCAUCAUUUUUGUUCAUCCAUCAAAAUUCAUAUACUUUUCCGGGGGAGGGAUCUCACUACCUUCAACCUGUAUUUUAUCAUAUACAUUUGACCAACUACAGCAUAUUCUUUUGAAUAUGAUAAAAAACUAGGCAGGGGAGUAUUUUUGGGAUCGAAACCACAUGAUCGUGUUUAGCCAUUGCGCGUUUCCCUGCCUGCCUUCCCUCUCUGUCCGCAUGAGACUUGAAAUUGUAAUCUUGAGCACAUUGAUUCUAUAUAUAGUUGUGUAUUUUAGAUUCAAUUUGGCAAGAAAUCAAGGACCUUUUCAC